AAAAAACAUAGAACGUAGAAGAAGACUGUAAACCCAGUGAAACCGGAAAUGUCAACCGAGUGACUGCGAAGCAUUGUAUCUCCACUUUAUAUGACAUGAUGGAUUGCUAAUUAAAAGGAAGAAACAGUCAUACUAUAUCGUCAAAGAGCAAACUGCGAAUAUGACAAAUGUGUACUCUUUCGAUGGCAUCCUGGUGUUUGGGCUGCUGUUCAUCUGCACUUGUGCGUACCUAAAAAAGGUGCCUCGCAUCAACAGCUGGCUGCUGUCAGAGAAGAAAGGAGUGUGGGGGGUCUUCUACAAAGCUGCGAUAAUUGGGACGCGGCUUCACAUUGCUGUGGCGGCUUCCUGUUUGGUCAUGGCUUUCUACAUUGUCUUCUUGAAAUGAUAGUCAGCUUGGACUGGAAAGGACACUGGGUGCAGGGUGCAGGCUUGGGAUGAACUCAUCUCUGGUCAUGUGCCAAUCCCUGUUGGGGAAAACAUGACCAGUGAAAGCCCACUGGCCCUGUGGACCCAAGUAAAAGACUGGCCAGUGCUGCCCCCUUCUGGUGACUGGGUACAUAAUUCCCCUCUUGAUAAUGUGUGUGCACUACAGGCGAGAAGGGCAUCCAGAAUCUACUCCACAGUUAUUACAGAGGAGAGCCAUUUGGGUCACUUUGUAUCAUUCUGUUGUCGGGUAACACUGUUGGUUGUCUCAUUCCACACCCCAUAAAUAUUUAUAUUGAAGGAUGCAGAUUGAAAGGCAGUGUGUGCAUUAUACCUUAUACCUAUGUACAACCUGAAAUUAGCCUAGCUGUAUAUAUUUGGAAGAAGAUGUGAGAUGAGUAGAGAUUUGCCAGAUGUUAUGUGUGAUCAAACAGAAAAUGAUCAAUUCUGCUUGCUCCCAGCUAUACUGUUUUUUUUUCUGUAUCACCUCUUGUGUCAAGGGUGGAGGGCAAGAUAAACAAAGGUAAUAUAUAAAUGAGUUCUUGUGUACACUAUAUUUACUUUUUGGAUCUCUUACCUUUUCUCAACAGUGCUGUUUGGCCUCUUAAGCUUUGUUUUAGGUUUGAAAUACACAUUUUGCACAGGUGUAUGUGGUAUUUACUUUGAAAUCUAAUAAUGGAUAACAUGUUUUAAAUGUCACAAGUUGUUACAAAUUGAACCUGUAAAACAAGUAGGAGUCAACAAAUCUACGACAACUGUAGAGAAGAAUUGCAAAGAGGCAUAUAUCAACAUAUUGUACAAAUUGGAUAGCUAUAUCAGAUUUGCCUGAAGAUGUAAAUGCAAUGCCAAAUAGGGAUGAAGUUUACCAUCUCAAUUCCAUACUGUUAUUCUGAUUUUUAAUUCUGCCACCUUAUUUUAUAUUUUUAAAAGAAGAAAUUGUUUUGGGAGGGUGAUGCAAUACAAUUUUGAGUAAAACAUUAGUCAGACAAA